CCUAUAUCUUGAAAAGUUAAGGUGCGGUUAGUUGUGUCCUAUUCGAAUGUGAAAUGUAGAUAGUCGUAUAGUUUCAAAAACGGGAAGAGCGGGGGCAAUGAGCUCAGAAAUCUUACAACGUAGUUGCAACGCGGAGCUUUUCCACGAAAGAAGUUUGCGGAAUCAUCUGUUCGCACUGAGUGCGUGCAUGCCGUCCAGCCUGGUGGAGACAAUUUUGAACUCCCUGUCCAGCAAGAGAACGGUCAGCGUUUACGAGAGUCAGAUGAUCAGAUCGCAGCUUACGGACAUGGAGAAAGCCUGUCACCUCAUGCAGACGGUAAUUCGGAAAGGUCGGACUGCCUGCCAGAUGUUUUACAAGCUUCUGGAAAGCUGCGACCCUGUGCUCUUCGAAAAAAUUACGGGCUCCCCAGCAAAGGCGUCCGCUGUCGAAACCCUCCAGCCAUUGUGUAGUGCUGUACUGACAGACAGGAUGGAGGGAGUCCCUACUUACAUCAUCAAUAUUCGUGACUCUACCCUCAAUCACUGCAUCAUCGGGAGCCACAACGGGCAACACAUAGUUACAGAUCAAUAUGACCUGCUCUCAUCCCAGGCUUCUGACCAUGUGAGGCGCGAGGCAGAGAGGUGCAAUUGCAAAUGUGGCCACCAAGGGUCACUGCAGCCCUCUCCUGCACCACAGAGCAUCCAGGUCAACAGCUCACAGCUGAAGUAUGUCAUCAUCGGGGAUCACAAUGCACAGACGGUGCAGGAAGCAGGAGAGGCAGUGGAUGAGGAAGAGCAGGAACUCGCCGGGCUGGAGGAGUAAGAGAGCCAUUCAUCGGAAGGCAGUGGACAUGCACCCUGCACAGGAGAGCAGGGGUACCUUGGGGAGGAGAAAGGUUGUGGUUGUUGCUUCCACACGCAGUGUCAACUGUCUGUGCUCACCUGAGCUCCACACGGAGAGUGACGCUGACCUGGCCCUGCCUGGCACACGGACACAACGGUUUUGGAGGAAAUGCGGGGCUCCAGUCAAGACUGAUCCAGGAGACAGGGUUACUCUGCCAAUACCUAAAACCUGCGCUGGUGUGAACUGGUCUGGAACUACAAUGCAGUUACAAUUCCUCUGUGGACACUUCUCUUCCUGGAUAACGUGGACUCAUUUGGAGGGCAUUACAGAUUUGCACAGCACUGACUAGAUAUUCAUGUAAGAAGGGAAAAUGAAUCAUUCAAGCACAGUAUUUAUUGUUGUUGUACAUUAAAUGAUAAUAUGAAUUUUGUGUAUAUUAUGCAAUGUGUUCUGCUGUUAAUGUAUGUAUUGUAUUUGUAUCAUUUGAAAAUGUUUUAAAUAUGUGCCACAUGCUCAUUUUUGUGUGUGCGUUUUCCCCCGAACUGCUUAGUGACCACAGACAUACAACCCAGGUAAUACUGGCUCUGAGCGUCCAAUGUUACAUCAUUAAACUUGCAAUCUUUUCCCAGUGAUGUAAUAACCUUGGAGAUUGGCCUAACAAUUGUAAAGUGACACAAAGAUGAUGAUGACGGUGAAAGACCAGAGAUCCAAGAGGCAUUUCCAAGGUCUUGCAUUAGUAUAGAUUUGAUCAUUUUAUUACUGUUUAAAAAAAAAAACGAAAAGAUGGAAGGUACAACCAACAGAGUGGGACAUGCACAUUGCAGUGACAGUGGGGGGUUUGGGGGGACAGUCAGGGGGAUCGGUUGUGUCAUUUGAUCCUUUUUUUUCUUUAUUUUGUGAUGUGAAUACAACUGAACCAUGCUUUGAAAUGCAGGCAAUGUUCAAUUCAUGUUCUGCAUUCUAGAGGCCAUCUCCAAUUGGGAAUAUGUAACACAGCUGGAAAACAAGUGUGGUCCUUACUAGGUUGUAUUAGCAGACAUUUGAGUUUUGCCACACUUUAAAGCCAGUUGAAAUGAGACAAUGUGUUGCUGUGCUGUUUUGCAGUUUACUGUCCACGCCACCACUUUAAAAUCUCAUUCGAUCCCAAUUUAUACCAACUAAGAAGUGUUUCUUAAGGCUUCCUGUAUUCAAAUCACAAACUCAUUCAUUUGGAAAAGGGAAUCAGUGGCUGAUUAAUCACCACUGUCUAAACAAGGCUUUUUAGGGGAUUGUUUAGAAAGGCAAAAAACAGCUGCAUUUACAAAGCACUGCCAUCCGCUAGCACAGUGGCUCAGGCAUGAUGUAAUUUACCCAUAUCAGGAAACUGAAAGGCAGUGUCUUUAAGGCAAAAUGAUUUCAUUUGUGAAGAGUUUUACAGCUCUGGCAGCGUCUUUUCGGAGGGGGGAGCAAACACUCGGAAACACAGGUAAUACGAGCAGAAGCAGCAGCCCAACCCCAAGUGGCUGGCCUGGGUCACCCCCCUAACUCCUUCCCCGCCACCCCCCGUGUCGUACUUCUGUUUUACACACAUGCACAUCAAGAUCACGAGGGCAGCCAUUAAACUCAGGUUCAAUGUCAUUGGUUGGGCUGUACAGCAUUUGACUGAUCCGUACUUCCUGUAAAGGCCUGAAAAGCAUCUGUAAAGGGGUUGGGGUGGAAAAAAAAGCUGUGGGUGGAGGCAUUAAACAUCAUAUGCAAAACAGGUUUUUGAUAUGGCUUCAGUUGAGUGGAAAAGCAAAGCUCACAGAACCAUCUGAUGGGAAUUAAGCUUUGCUUAUCAGCUGUACUUCAGGCUUGCCUGGUUCAGCCCUGUUGACAUUCAAUAUGUAUGGUGACAACCCUGUGCUUGACUGAGAUAAGUACGCAGGAACUACAGAGAGCAGCAGUGCUCAUUACCUGACUGUCCCUUACGCAUACAUUAUCUCAUUUUCCAGCAUGGCUGUCAUCGAAUGGGUUGUCAGAGGCGACGCACACCUGAUAAGCAACGUUAAAGGGAAUUGGUACUAAUGUGCAGUAUGUAAGGAUUGUUCGUAAUGGGACAGUGAGGCUUCAUGCACCCUAUGAUAGGAGGAACUACCACAUGCUGUCAAGCACUGACUUGUCUGAACCAGUCAAGAUUUUUUGUUCUCCACAGGGAGAACCUUGUGAUUGCUCCAUAGCAUGAUAGCUCCGCCUACUGUGGGCUUUAAUGAAACCUUACCCUCUCAUCCUUAACACUUGGAGGGAGGUCUGAAGAAAAUAUAUGGACACAAAUGCUCUUGAAAAACGGUUAACGUUCUGUGAGCCUAAAUAUAGGUAAUUUCUGAAGAAUUUUGAUUUCAGCAACCUCAACCAGCAACUUCAAAAAAAGUUGUAGCAUUACCCUUAUGCCACAAGGGUCCUGACAAAUCAAUUGGACAGCAUCAUCUUCUAGGGCUGAAGCAUUACGGAAGCACUGCUGCCUUUUCCCCAGAGGAAAAACAGAGAAUUCAGCUGUAUUUCACAGGUUCAUGUGGAGGGUGAUUGGGGGGGGGGGGGUGCUCUGAAUGACUAUUGCAUAUGAUAUUUAACAGGGUUUAAAAUGGGGAAGGGGAACGUUUUCCUUUUAUUGCACUUCCACCAAAACCAGCGGCACGUUCAUAUCCCGAAACCGUAGCUAGCCAUCCUUCAGAGAGGGAAAUGAAGUGUACCACAAAAAGGAACCUGAAAGCCUCAGACAGCCGGAAAACUUAAAAGCAGCUUUUACUUUGUACAAAUGUUUUUACCAAAGUAAUUUAAAUAAAUAAAAAAUAAUAUGUUCGUACUGAGAUAAGUUCAGCUCUGAAGGAUGACAGGGUAUGGUUUUGUUGUGCAACAUAAAGUCGUCACACCAGUAACAGAACAAACUUUAAAAAAAAAAACAAGCAGGACAAAGACCCAGCAAAUGUUCUAUUCCAGUGAUAGUCUUACCAAGAAUCAAGGUUAGCAUUACAUUAAAAAUAUCUUAUGAAUAAUAUUUCUACAUGGUAAUAAUAAUAUUAAUACAAAUAAUAAUUCUACAAAGAAUCUUUUACA